AUGUCUCCUCCGUUCCCUCCUUCCUCUGGCUUUUUACAAGCCAUUCGCCAAUCCUCAAAAGAAUUGCGCAUAGCUUCAGGCAUCUCAAUUACCCCUGAUCACAUUCAACGCCUUCUCUUAUCGCCCACCUUUACGACGUCCUUUAAACGGGUCUCGAAGCAUCACGGGUUGACGCUACCCCUCAAAUUCUCCUCCCACCUGGACGAGCUCAAUUUCUUCUCUGUGCUUUCCCUUCUUAAUUUUGGAUCUGGGUAUCGGGUGCCACUCCAUACAGCUUCAGGUCGAGGUGCUUGGGAUUCUGUCCGGGCGCUAACUUUUUCCCUGUAUCUCACAUCGACUACUGGUGACGGCGAUCUUUUGUCUUCAAAGGGUUUGCAGACGAUCGGUGUAGCCAAAGUCGCUGAACUCUUAGGGGUCAGUUUGCAUGUUGAAAAACCUCAUGACAAGCUCCCUGGCGUUGUGGUCGGAGAGUUGGGUGGACCAUUAUAUGAAUUCGUGAGACUCGUUGUUUCGACCUUGAACAAGACAGGGGAAAUGUUGGAGAACCUGGGAUACGUAAAUCUUGGUGCUUUCAUCGCAGAGGCUCUAAGGGAAGCAGGAACGGUCCAAGGCCGUUCAGACGAUGCUGCCAUCGAGGUCAUCCUGGAAAGAAUCGUCCGCGCGUUUCCCGGUUUUCGAGACAUGGCCGAAGUUAAUGGACAAAACAUUUACUGCUUCAAGAAAGCGUUAUUCUUGAUCCAUGCCAUCACAAUACGCUUUGGGUCCUUUCGUCCGCCCCCUUUCCCCGUUCCCAACACCAAUAAUAUUCCUGUCUUCUCAGACAACGUCCUACCCUCUCUUCUUAUUCACCUUGGCAUCAUUGAUCUGCCUACAACAGGCACUUUGUCAAACCUACUAGUAUUCCCCGAUGCUGGUUCGGAAGAGAAGCUGAAGACGCUGCUGAAUCUGCCUCCUCCCUUAGACGUCAAACCUGCCGAUACUGCCCAGAAGAAGGUACCAGAGGAAGGGCCUGUUCUGACCGCAGAUCAAUCGUACAUCUUACGAGCAGCGGCUAUCGAUGCGUGCGAGCUCAUCAUCGAGACCGCUCAAUCUCUCGAUCCAGCGUUCCUCAAUGCCAGCGAAGUCGAAUGGCUCCCUAAAAUCACACUGCCAGACCUGGAUAUGUGGAUUUGGGCAGUGGCAAAGGACAGGUCAGAUUAUAGAGCGCUAGAAAGGUUUGUAGCAAAAGAUACGGUUUAUUUCUAG